AUGGCCAAGGAGUAUAGUGGAUAUUGGAAGCAAUCGAAGAGGAAGCGUGUGACUUGGGUGGUGGUUGUUAGUGGGCUGUGUGUUAUUUGCUACACAUUGGGAUCUUGGCAGAGUACAAGUCCUGCUCCAACCAGCCGAUCGGAGGUGUACAACAGAGUUGGUUGUGCUGAUGGCGGAUCUCCACCAGUAGUGGCAGGAGACAGCCAUUCAUCAUCAUUUUCAUCUUCUGCCAAUCUCGACUUCGGAAUUCAUCAUCAGUUGGUGGUUAACAGUAGUUCUCAGGAAUCCCAGAAAUUCCCUGCUUGUGAUUUGUCCUACAGUGAAUACACCCCAUGUCAGGAUCCAGUAAGGAGUAGGAAAUUUGAACGGAAAAUGUUGAAAUACAGAGAGAGACAUUGCCCUAACAAGAAAGACCUCCUUCGUUGCCUGAUACCUGCCCCGCCACACUAUAAGACCCCUUUCAAAUGGCCACAGAGCAGGGACUAUGCGUGGUAUGUCAACAUUCCCCAUAAAGAGCUCAGCGUUGAGAAGGCCGUGCAGAAUUGGAUCCAAGUAGAGGGUGAUCGAUUCAGAUUCCCCGGUGGAGGCACCAUGUUUGCCGAUGGAGCUGAUGCUUAUAUUGAUGAUAUUGCUAAGCUCAUACCUCUUAAUGAUGGAAGUAUCCGGACUGCAAUCGAUACAGGCUGUGGAGUUGCCAGUUGGGGUGCUUACCUGUUAAAGAGGGACAUCCUGGCGAUGUCUUUUGCUCCUAGAGACACACAUGAGGCGCAGGUUCAGUUUGCAUUGGAACGGGGAGUUCCUGCUAUGAUUGGCAUCAUGUCUUCACAGAGACUCCCUUACCCUGCUAGGGCAUUUGAUAUGGCUCAUUGUUCCCGUUGCCUGAUCCCUUGGCAGGAAUAUGAUGGAUUAUACCUAAUUGAAGUGGACAGAGUUCUAAGGCCUGGUGGUUAUUGGAUACUCUCCGGACCUCCUAUCCGGUGGAAGAAGUACUGGAAGGGUUGGGAAAGAACCCAAGAAGAUUUGAAAAAAGAGCAAGAUGCAAUUGAGGAUGUUGUCAAGCGUCUGUGUUGGAAGAAAGUGAUCGAAAAGGAUGACCUUGCAGUGUGGCAAAAGCCCAUCAACCACAUUGAUUGCAUAAACAGCAGGAAGAUUUAUGAUACGCCACACAUAUGCAAAUCAGACAAUGCUGAUGCAGCUUGGUAUAAAGAGAUGGAAACUUGCAUAACUCCACUGCCUGAGGUAAACAAGUCAAAUGAAGUGGCGGGUGGUGCAUUGGAGAAAUGGCCCCAUCGUGUGUUUUCUGUUCCUCCAAGAAUAGCCAGCGGUUCAGUGCCUGGCAUAACCCUAGAAAUUUUUCGACAAGAUAGUGAAAUGUGGAAGGAGCGGGUGACACAUUACAAACAUAUUAUUAAUGCCUUACCCAAAGGACGUUACAGAAAUAUAAUGGACAUGAAUGCUUACCUAGGUGGAUUUGCAGCAGCCCUUUUGAAAUAUCCAGUGUGGGUAAUGAACGUGGUAUCUGCCGAUUCAAAUCAGGACACUCUAGGUGUAAUCUAUGAACGUGGCUUAAUUGGGACAUACCAUGACUGGUGUGAGCCAUUCUCAACCUAUCCACGAACAUAUGAUCUCAUUCAUGCAACUGCCCUCUUCAGUAUAUACCAAGACAGGUGUGAUAUUACCUUCAUUCUCUUGGAGAUGGAUAGAAUCCUGCGGCCAGAAGGGAUUGUUAUAUUCAGAGAUGUGGUAGAGGUUCUUGUGAAGGUUAAAAGUAUAACAGAUAGAAUGAGAUGGAAGACACAGAUUCUGGAUCACGAAAGUGGACCUUUUAAUCCCGAGAAAAUUCUUGUUGCUAUCAAAGGUUAUUGGACUGCUGAAGCUAAAAAAGAACUGUAG